AUGCCAAAGGAUCACACCAGGGACUCCGAGCAUGAGGAUGAAAAAGAGAAAAAGGCCCCUGUUGAGGAGGAAGUGGAUGUGGAGAUGCAUAAUGCUAACGAAGUUGUCGAAGACAUAUCUGAAGAUGUCUCUCCAACAAUUGUAAACCCAGGCACUGAUGACCCAGAUGACGAAGAAGAAGAGGAUCAUUAUAUGUCCAACAUUCACACAGAGUCUGCUGAGGAUGAAAAUGAGGAACAAGAUAAUGAACUAGAGAAUGAGAAAAACAAAUACAUGCCCAAGACCAACCCAACUUCUGAUGCUGCCAAAAGGACCAUAGCACCUUCGACCGGAAACACUGCUGCUCACUCUCCAGAAGAGCUCGACGCGCUGAAAAAGAGUAAACCAGUGGAAUACAUGAAGACCAUUAUCAGUGCAACGGGUAGCUCGAAUGAGAAAAUCCCUAGUACUUCAACAGUGUUAGGUGGCCAAUCUACAAGCAAAUCUGGUGAUGAAUUGCUCCUUAAAAUCAAAUAA